UCGAUUUUAAUCCAAAUACGUUUUCGCACUCUCAUCCGGUAUACAGGUUUGAUUUCUGUUUCUGAUCUUGUAAUAACAAUAAAAAGGCGUUUCAAAGAGAGAAAAUAUAAUAAUUAAUAUAAAUAAAUAACUACAUACAAUACUAUAUACAUAUACAUUUCACAGUUUUUGACUUUGGCGAGCCUUAUAAAAUAUUAAUUCAAACACAUUUUCAUUUGCAUUUCUUUCUUAAAAAGAAAAUUACUUGAUCGAAAUUUCGAAAUUAUUAGUGAUACAAAAUUUUGUUUGCUUUAAAACAAAUAAAAGUCAAUUGUAAAAAAAGUUAAAAUUAAACAGAAAACCAAGUGAAUAAGUCAUUUGAUUCUUGGAAUAAAACCGUUUAAAGAAUUUCAAAAAUGAUUAUGAAAAGUCCUUCUAACGACUGGUCCGAUCAGUUUGAUAUUAUUGAAGAAGACUACGAUUCUCUGUCAGAAAUAGAAGAAGAGACUGAUUUCUCUGAGUACUUAUGGAUGGAAAAUGAAGAAGAAUUCGACAAAGAUGAAUUACAACGACUUGAAGAAGAAGAAAUAAUGCAACAAUGCUUAGAAGCAAUGUUUGUCGAUGAACUCGAAGCUGAAAUUGAUGAGUGGCAAAAAGAAAAAGCAGAAGAAUUAGACAAAGCGCUUUCGAAUCUUGCCGUAACCGAGUGUAAUGUUGAGAACUCAUCACUCAAUCCCUUGGCCGAUGAAUUCAUUCCAAUGGAAAACUACUUUAUAGAUCUGAUAAUAUCAUAAACGGAACUUGUUUCUCCUCUGGAACAAAAUGGAACCCGCCCUCUCAACAAUCAGUUCUACCCCGAAUCGAGUAAAAAUUGAAAUAUAUUUUAAAAGAACAAAAAAAGUAUAAAAUACUAAAACAAAAAAAAACAAA